CGCCAAUAUUUCCAGAUUGUUGGUUUCUGAAUGAAAACCGUCUUGUAGUUGUCUGCAAAGAAACCAGUCUUGUCACUUGAAGAGUCGAGUUAGCAGUUUUUUUACAAACAAUAAUUUUUAAAUUAAGACUUUUUAAGCCAUCACGAAAGGUUUUAGGUGCUAAUUAUAAAUUUAAUUAGUUCUUUACAAGCUGUGUGUGAAGUUGUUUUGACAGUCUUUCAAAUUUCCUGUGUUUUUAAUGUUUACAAAAUAUCCCCUCGCAUGAAGAACUUUCGGAAAGGUAUAUUUUUUUCAAGAAUGGACAAGAUCACAACCAAAAGGAUCAACUGCAAAUCAUUCAAUUAUAAUGUUAAAUAUUUAAUAUAAUUUCAUUUUGAUUUAACAUUAUAUGAGCUAUAAAUGGGGACUAACGGUGUCGCUCGACUUUGUGUAUGUUUUCUAUCGUUCAUAACAUGGCUCCUUGGUGGAAUUGUGCUGGGAACAAUGAUGUGGGUUCUUGCCACAACACCUGCUCUGAAAGAAUUCUUUUCGGGAACAUUAAUAUUUACUUAUUGUGUACUAUGCAUUGGUUCCCUACUCUUUUUAAAUGGAAUUCUUGGUUGGAUAGGAUCUUAUAAAAGAGGGACUUGCCUUAUGAAAUUUUAUUUAGUGCUUUCUGUUUUAACGAUAUCAGCUGAAGUUGGUGGUAUUGUUGCAUUAAAUGUUCUUCGGACUAAGAUGACUGAUGUUCUUAGUACAGCUUGGAAUGAAGUGAAUCAGAUGACCAAGAAUGUAGUUCAAGAACAUUUUGAUUGCUGUGGAUUUAUUGGACCACAGGAGUUUGUUGACACCACUGAUCCAAUUGAUGAUAGUUGCUACUACACAGUCACAUCAGAUGAAGAUGUAUCAGUUGUACAAAUGAAAACUCUAAACAGAAUAGGCUGCAAGGAGAAAUUAGUAGAUUGGUUUUAUAACAAUAAAAUUAUAUGGAUUGCAAGCUUAGGAGGUCUUUUACUUUUACAGGUUGUUGUAGUUUUGUUUGCUGUUUAUGUUAUUAACCAAGUCAAACGAGCCAAAAGAUCAAACCCACCAUCCUCCAAUGAUGUUCAGUAUCAUACUCGACUGUGAUUAAAACCAGUUUGUUUAGAUAAGGUUAAGGUGCUAAUAUUUUCUAAUUCUUCUUUUAAGUCAAAUAGGGAUCAUCUGCCCUCUAAGUAUUUGUAAUCUCAUUUUAUUCUGUUUAACAUCUUUUUACAAUAUUGCCACAGAAUAAUCUUUGAUGAAUAAUGUUAUUAGCAUGUACUUCAAUUUAUGUUGGAAACCUUGAAGUUGAUUUUUUUUUGUGAUUUUGUAUCAAUUUUAUAAAUUUCAAUACAUUUAAUGAAUAAAAACAAUUCACCAGAGAGACACUUGAUAAAUAUUAAAAUAGUGCUACAGUGGUCAACAAAUAAAACCUUGUUUGUGAUCAUGACAUUAGCGUUAGUUUUAAUAAGUCAAGAUAACUCUUUCAAGCUAAAUUUUCUAAUAUGAGAAACUGAGUUUUUAAAUUUAACUUUAAAUGCUUCAAUCUCCAAACAUUGCAAAGAGAAUUGCAUAUGUUAUAAGUUUUAGAAAAUUCAACUUUGACUUUGAAGACUUUUUAAGUACUACACAGGUUUACAUGAUGCUAAGGCUUUCUUCAAAUGUGAAUUUAAUUAUAUUUUACAAUUGACCUUAACGAUCAUUCUUACUUGGGAUUGUUUAUUUUGUACCAGAAACUGCUCCUUUUGAUACCAUAUAAUUUUGAACUAAAUAGGAUUGUUUUGUGAUAUUUUUAUAAGUGUUACUCUGAACACUAAAUAAGCAUUUAAAUAUCUGUG